AUGGCUAGCCAUAUCAUCGGUAACCGCAACAGCACCCCGGAGGCUGCCCCGAAUUCCACCUUGCGUCCCCCAUCGUCGGCUCGCAACCUAGGUACGCACCAGCUGCGAGCCUCGGCCGACAUGUCCGGAUUCCCCUCGCCGCUGUCCUCUCGCAGCUUGCGUCCAUCCUCGGAGGUUUUCUUCAACCAACAGUCCCAAGGCCAGAACUCGACGGAGGAUGCGCUGGACCGGGCUGCCCAGCAGUGGCUGGCGGAUAUCGAUCAGUAUGAGACAACGUUGGAGGAGAUGGCAGCUGCCACCCUCGACCAGGACUUCAAGGAUGAACUCAGUGCCAUCGAGCAAUGGUUCCGUGUCCUGAGCGAGGCCGAGCGGACCGCCGCUCUGUAUGCUCUGCUGCAGCAGACUACCCAGGUGCAGAUUCGCUUCUUCAUCCAGGUUCUGCAGCAGAUGUCCCAGGGCCACCCCAUGUCUGGACUGCUUUCCCCGCCAACUUCGGUGAAAAAGGUAUGGAGAAUCGGCCACAGGUUCUUAUUCACCCGCUUGAGCGAUGCCAUGUCGAAACUCAAUAUGGACACAUCACGGAGUUCCUUGGGCCGGCCCCCGCCAUCCCCAGGCGCGAAGCGCAACUCGGGUCUCGAUUCCUCUACGAUUAAUGCCAUGUUCCCCGAUGCCGCCGCCGCAAUCGCUAAGAAGAAGGCGGAAUUCACGCAACAAACCGACCGUGGCUCGUUCGUUGCCCCGACCAUCUCUGCUCCUGACAACAACUCCGACGGCCUGGGCCAGCCCCCGGCAUCGCCAUGGGCUCAGCGUGGUGGACUUUCGGAUACACAGCCUCCGAUCGCCCGGCCCAAGUCGUCAUCGGGCCAUCAGCCCAUGGGCCAAUUCAGUCAGCCUUCUGGCAUGCGCUCCCCUCUCCCGCAGACCGCUACCAUCCCUGCCCCUGAUAUCGAGCCACCCCUCCUCUCGCCGUACAAUGUCGGGAACCACAGUUGGGCGUCGAUGACAAAUACCCCCAUGACCGCGACAUUCGGCCAGCAGAAUCAGCAAAACCAGAAUUCCCAGGCGGACAUGGUGGCCAACGCGACUGCGAUGAAGCUGGCGGCUUUGUCAACCGUGAACAACCGAAUUGCUCUGGAUGACGCUCGCAAGUACCGCCGGGCCCGUUCCAACGAUGGUCAGGGCAGAAACUCGGCUGCCAACCCAACAAUUUCCCAAGGCCUGGCCAGUCCAAGUCUGCACGGAUCGAUGGGCCAACAGCUACUCAAUGCCCAACAGCUUGCCGCUUUGCAAGCUCAGCAACAAGCUGCCAUGGCUGGUCGUCGCUCUCGCCCAACCUCUCCUGGUAUUGCCAUGCAAGGCGGUGGUCUCAACCCUAUGAGUUUCACCUCGCCACAGAACAACGGAUUCCUGGCCGCCUACGAUCCGAACAACCCUCUCAUGGGCAACGGACUAGCAUCGCUAGGUAUCGGGCAGUUCGGUCUGGGCGGCGAAGCUCCAAGCCCCCCCGAAGACCCUACCGACCCUGCUCUCCUGAAGGAUAUCCCCAGCUGGCUGCGAUCCCUUCGGCUACACAAGUAUACCGACCAUCUCAAGGACCUCAAGUGGACGGAGUUGGUCGAACUUGACGACAAGGCUCUGGAAGACCGUGGUGUCAACGCGCUGGGUGCGCGCAACAAGAUGUUGAAGGUCUUUGACCAAGUUCGAGAUGCCCGCGCGGACGGCAAGCUCGAGGAUGCUUGA